AUGUGGACGGAUCUACUUUUACAAGGCGCUUUGAUUCUCGUUACGAUCUUCAUGUUCCUCGCUAUGCACGAUAUUCCCAAGAAGAUCUUCACCAAAAUCCGUUACAGGAAUCGAGCUGACUACCAAGCUAAGCGCCACUUCGUCCUCGGAGCCCAGCUCUUAGCUCAAGCCAGAUGCUCCAAGUCUCGUUCAUCCACCGCCUCUCUAGCCCAAAAAGCCGAAUCCGAGGCCGACAAGGCCAUUCCUCUCGACCCGAAAGACGCCGCUUCUUACAUCCUCAAAGCCCUCGCUCUUGAUCUUCAGGGCUUCAAGACCUCUGCUCUUGACUCCCUCGAUGUUGCUCUAUCCCCUCUUGCUUCCAAGUCUUUGACCAAUAAAGAGCGGGGCGAUGCGCUUUUCAAACGAGCUGAGUUGAUGAUGAGCAUGAACCGGCGCGGAAGCCGUGUUGACUCAGCGAUUGACGAUUUGACCAAGGCUGUAGAAUUAAGCGGGGAUAACGCCAAGGUGUUCUGUCUGCUGGGAGAUUGUUACAAAAUGAAGAAGAUGAAAGCGGAAGCAAGAGCGGCUUUCGAGGAAGCUCUAAAGGUCGAGCCUACCUCCGCCGUUGCUCGCGCUGCCAUUGAUCGAUUGGGAUCGUAG